GGACGGGACAGCUGCAGUGAGGUCUCUCCUCCAACCCCACGACACGGUGAAGUCUUGGAGUCGGGCUUCCUUCCCAGAUGGGCUGUUGGGACCCAAGGGGCCAAACACCGGCUGCUCAUUGAAGGGUGUGGGCGGGGAAAAGUGACGGUCCUCUAAGUGUUGGUCCAGAACUACCUGGGGGUGGGGGGCGAGAGUCUUCAUUCUCACCUGACCAGGGGCCAUGAGAAGAGUGUCACUGGUGGCCGCGGCCCAGGAGGGACACAGGACUUGCUGGGGAGGUCGCUGCAGCCUCAGGGACCAGCAGGCCGGGAGGGGGGCUUUCCGCCUACGCCCGGGUCGCCUCCCCUAGCGCGAACCCCUGCAAACAACUGUGCUAGAAAAGAGGAGGUGCUGGGAAAUGGAGUCCGGAAGCUUCCGCUGCCUGUCGGGGCUUCACUUUCCCUGCAGACAGCAGGGAAGGGACACAAGCCUCCCUUUGCUUUGCCCAAGGAAGAUGCCCACUGCCCCAGGGCUGAUUUCAGGAUCCCUGCCAACUUGGCCUUCCGCCCUGGGAAACCGUGAUGAGGCAUUUGGAGAGUGUCGUGUAGCCGACACCAUCGAGCAUGGUGCCCGGUCCCCAGGCCCGCGUCCCCGUGCUGACCGCUGGUGAACAGCCCCUCUCCUUCCGGGCAGUGUAGUCAUGGGGCCAGAGCCCACAUCAGGUGUACUGGGAGCACAGAGGCCAGGUGGCUGGGACGUGUCCGCGUGGGUAGCCUUGUGCUCCUGGUUUCCGGGUUCCCCUUCUUCCCACACGCCCUGCUCACCCCGCUCUUUCUCUCUCCAUCCAAUAGGCAACACUGAACGCGCCGCAGUCCACAGAGGCCGCCUGGAAACCUUCCUUGGGACGUCUGUCUGGGCCUCGUUGGAAACCUGGACGGGAGACCCCACGAUUGAUGAGUUUGCCUUGGGAGUCGGUGCAAAGGUGAAACCAAAGGCGAACAUGGGUCAGAAGGUCACCGGAGGCAUCAAGACUGUGGACAUGAGGGACCCCACGUACCGGCCCUUGAAGCAGGAGCUCCAGGGCCUGGACUGCUGCAAGCCCACCCGCCUGGACCUGUUGCUGGACAUGCCCCCCGUGUCCUACGACAUCCAGCUGCUCCACUCGUGGAACAACAACGACCGAUCGCUCAACGUCUUCGUGAAGGAGGACGACAAGCUGAUCUUUCACCGGCAUCCGGUGGCCCAGAGCACGGACGCCAUCAGGGGCAAAGUCGGGUACACGCGUGGGCUGCACGUGUGGCAGAUCACGUGGGCCAUGAGGCAGCGGGGCACGCACGCCGUGGUGGGGGUGGCGACGGCGGACGCCCCCCUGCACUCCGUUGGGUACACGACUCUCGUGGGGAAUAACCACGAGUCCUGGGGCUGGGACUUGGGGCGCAACCGGCUCUAUCACGAUGGCAAAAACCAGCCGAGCAAAACGUACCCGGCCUUUUUGGAGCCGGAUGAGACAUUUAUUGUCCCUGACUCUUUCCUUGUGGCCUUGGACAUGGAUGACGGGACUCUGAGCUUCAUUGUGGACGGACAGUACAUGGGAGUGGCUUUUCGAGGACUCAAGGGCAAAAAACUGUAUCCUGUAGUGAGUGCCGUCUGGGGCCACUGUGAGAUCCGCAUGCGCUACUUGAACGGCCUCGACCCCGAGCCCCUGCCACUCAUGGAUCUCUGCCGCCGCUCCGUGCGCCUGGCCCUGGGGAAGGAGCGUCUGGGUGACAUCCACACACUGCCGCUGCCCGCCUCCCUCAAGGCUUACCUCCUCUACCAGUGACGCUCUAGCCCCGGCAUCGCCAGCACGACAGCCACCUGGUGCCACCUCACCGAGCUACCGCCGUGCCCCGCGCCGCGGGCUGGCAUCUGGCCGCGGGAGGAAGCCCCUGCUCUCCCUCUUCAUCCCGCCCAGCGCCCCUGCCGGACACGGACAGCUCGACCCAGGCCCCCCUGUCCCCCGUCCUGACGUUGGCAGAAGUCCCCUGCAUGCCGCACAAGGUCCCUCUUUGGAAAAGGACACAUAGAACAGACUCCUAGGAAGCCCUGCGCUGAGCUCCGAUCUGCCCUCGGGGUGGCGUGGGCUACCCCUGCCACCUGCCGGGUCCCAGCGCCAAGCGCAGAUCCCAGGGGUGCUAAGAGGUGCUCAGAUAAAGGCUGGUGCUGAGGCCGGUGGGGCCACGCCACGGCAGACAACGCUCAGGACGUCAGGAACUCCCCACGGACUCCGAGGCAGAAGCAAACCAAGAUCGGACCUUCCGCAGCGCCCAGCAUCAGCCCCGGCUGUCAGUCCCUUGGUACCCUCUAUUUAUUCUUUGAACAAUAACAAAAGCCAUUUAUUUAUUCCAUUUAGAAAGGAACCCUUGUUUCAGUACCCUCUCUCUGGAGUGUUCUGGUGGUCCCUUCCACCUGCCCCUCCCCGGGAUAUGUGUGUGCCUCACCUGCCCCUCUCGGUGGGCCGUGUCCUCACAGGGGCACGAGGGUGUCUUUCUUUGGGGCUCUGGACCUACAGUUUCCGGGGGGGCUCUGCUCUGAGUUCCUGAGCACGCCCCUCAGGGAACAUUCGCCUCACGUGCAAUACAAGAAUCUUGGGGGUCCCGUCUGCAAGGGCUGUGGCAGCUCCCUGUGUCUCUCCAGGUGGCCACUCACCCCUCGGGCUCGGACAUCUUUGCACGUGGUUUUAUUUCUUCAGUCUUCUGGGGGAGGGUGUUGCUGCUUUUGCCUUUCCUUUCCUAGCUGAGAUUUCCCAUGUGCGUCGUCAGAAGCCCUGGCCUUCUGGAGCCUCAACCAAGAAGGGAGGCUGAGUGGGUCUCCAUCCCCAGAGAAACCAGGGGCAGGACGGGCUGGGGAGACCACAGAGAAGUGGUGCCCCACCGGAAGCCAGCACAGGCCCCCACUUAGUGCCCCUGUCUGGGCUCUGCGCCCGAGUGGAACAGCCUCAGCUCACCACGACUCCCCCCCACCCCCAGAGCCACACGAGGUGCAGGGCGGGGUGGGACGGGGCAGCCAACAGAAGCGCCCUGCCACAGCCCCCCCCACGUAGCAGCCCCCGGCCCCUGCCACCACGUUCACCACCUUCUAUCUUGAGGUCAACUCUCUUCGAAUCGGACUUCUGUUCAUUUCUGUACCAGUACAAUAGAUGACUUUAUUUGUUUAAAUGUUUAAUAUAUAUACAUAUAUAUUUGUCUGUAAGAAUUAUGUUUUAAACAGCUGCUGUAGGGUACCUUUAAAAAAAAAAAAAAGUCUUCCAACGGAGUAUAUUUUUUAAAGCACAAAAUUGGUACCAAGUCUGGGUGAGGAAUGUAAAUUGCCCCCUUAUUAUUUUGAGGUUUUUUCCAAGGGCGGGGACGGGGGGGGAGUGGGGAGGAAAUCUUACCUGUAAGACUUUUAAAGACUUUUCCUCACUCCUGUUUCGGGGUGGGUCAUGUUCUCAUGAAUGUUGCACACGAGAGAGUUCUAUUUCUGC